AUUCAUUAUACAUAUCACUUUAUCUCUCUAACUUUCCCUUCUCUCUAGGAGUUAAUACUCCAUCAACUUUGUAUCUUCUUCAUUGUAUAAUGGAUUUCUUUCGAUUACUCUUUACGUAAAUCAUCUUCAAUUAUUGUACGUAUACUUGAGCUUUAUUUCUUCAUGGUAUCAAAGCUUAAGCUCUAAUUAAGUAAACUGUUGCAAUUCAACGAUCUUUUCAUAUCUUCUUCGUCAUGCCUCAGAAUAUGGGAUCGUAAUCAAGACGUCCAGCUAUGGAAGAUGUAUCUAGUCCAUAUUAUGUAGGUUCUGGAGAUAAUCCGAAUGCUACACUCGUUAAUCCACAGCUCAAUGGCAACAAUUUUCAUUCAAGGAGCAAAUCCAUGAAAAUCGCACUUGGAGCAAAGAAUAAGAUGAAGAUUGUAAAUGGUACAAUACCUAAACCAAUCAUCGAUGAUGAGGAUUAUGAAAUUUUGGGAGAGAUGUGAUCUCAUGGUGCAGUUAUGGAUCCUCAAUUCCUCUACGAAAGAAGUCCCACAGUGUAUAUUGUAUGAAGAAACAGUGGCACUAAUGUGGUCAACUUUGAACGAACGCUUCUUCCAGGGCAAUCUACUGAGAAUUUUUUAUCCGCAGAAGCAGAUUUAUGCAACUAUUCAAGGUAAUCUGAAUGUUACUGAUUACUACAAUAAACUUGUCUCUCUUUGGAAAGAAUUGAAUCAAUACAAUCCAUUUAUCACUAGUACUUGUGGGGUAGUCAAGGGUUGUAAAUGUGAUUUCCUGAAAAUCUUGUUGGAACGGGAAGAAAUUCUUUGUGACACCGCUCCCGAACGUCCUUGAAAUUCAAUUUAAUUUUCAAAGUUUGUGUAUUGAUUUCCCUAUUAUCGAACAAUUGUAAAACGAUUAAUGUUUUACGUAAUGCAUGAU